UUGAUUUCUUCGUUUCCUUCUUCUUCUUCUUCUCUUUUCAAUUGUCCAAAUUCAUAGUCAAUUCCUUGUCAAGACCUCAUCCACUUUCCAUCAUCCACCUUGUCCUCCUUCAUCUCCAAUCACACAAGUCACAUCACCUCUCCAUCAUGACGUCCAACCAGACCUACUACUCCUAUCCCUCCGCGCCCGUCCCCAUCAGCCAGCAGCCAAAGCAGCAGCAGCAGCUACCAUACUACUACCCCAGCUACCCAACCCAGCAAACCGGCCUCUACAGCCGCCUCUCCAUCUCCCCGCCCGAAGGCCCCGACAGCGGCACCACCUCCGGCGUCGCCUCCUACGACCCCUCCGCCGCCUCAAACAGCAGCUAUGCCGGAAGCGCCAGCGACUACGACUCCUCCGCCUCCAGCAGCAGCGGCGCCGCGAGCGUCGAUCUGCUAGAAUACAUGGGCGACCGUCUCCACGGCGCGUACGACCCUAUCCCCCUCGACCGCUCGCUCGCCCAACAGGCCCAAACCUCCGGCCAAUUGAACGCAAAGACACAGGAAUUGCUCCAGCUGCAGGCACUCGCCCGGAGCCGUCUCGCGGCCGCACAGGCUAGUUUCGCGGACGGCAUCAAGGCUGCGAAGGAAGUUCAGCGCGAUCUCGAGUGGACGCAGAAGCGUGUAUCAUCCAUCAAUCAGCGCGCGGCGAAGAAAUACCCGGAUCAAUACGCCCGAGCAUCUGCGAAAUAUCCUGCUCCGGUCGAUUACUAGGACCUGUUCUUGACACGGAACCCCCUGAAAGUCACGGCCGGCUUAUGAUUUUUCCACCCCAACGACGACGUUAACGAUUUUCUUUUCUCUCUGGGUGUAUGUGUCUCUCUCCCUCUCUCUAUCUCCCUAAACCGCGGCCUC